AAAAUUUAUGAUUUUGUCACAUUCGUGCUUAUUCAACAUCGAAACUUGUUUAGUUAUAAAUCAACUAAAAAUUACAUUUUAACUAUUUUUUUAUAAGCCACAAUAAUUGACAUUAAUCUAUCAACAAAAAGAAUAAAAGGAUUAGAUAGCUAUUGAGUGAAAUAAAUUUAUAAAAAAAAAAAAAUUUAGUCAUGUUUAAUAGACCAGUAAGUGCAACGACAAGACAAGAAACUGAAAUGAUAACUCGUUCACAACGUGCAAUACAUAAUGCAGCUGAUUCAAUCGAAAAACUUCAGCUGCUUUGUUUGACAAGAGGUGCUACUGGAUUUCUCGGUUUUUCAAGGAUAUUUAGACAAUUAGAUAAUGAUGGAAAUAAACAGCUGAGUAAAGAUGAGAUCACUGAUGGUCUUGCUGAAUAUGGUUUCGAAUUUACUGAAGAAGAAGUUGACGAAAUUAUGGCGAAGCUUGAUACUGAUGGCAGUGGUGGAAUAAGCCUUGAAGAAUUUCUCGUUGCAAUUCGUCCACCGAUAAAUGACAAUCGAAAAAAACUCAUUGAGCAAGCAUUUCAAAAACUUGAUAAAACUGGUGAUGGUGAAGUAACUAUUGAUGAUUUACGAGGUGUUUAUAAUGUCAAAUAUCAUCCACGUUAUAUUAGUGGUGAAGAAGAUGAAGAAAGUAUUUUAAAAAAAUUUCUAGCUAACUUUGAAGAAGGCAAUACAAAAGAUGGAAUUGUAACUGAGGAAGAAUUUUUAAAUUAUUACAGUGCAAUUAGUGCGAGUAUUGAUCAUGAUGCAUAUUUCGAUUUGAUGAUGCGAAACGCAUGGAAACUUUAAAAAUAAAUAUAAAUUUUUUUAAAAAUAAAAGUUCAGUCAAGUUGUUUGUGUGUCUAUCAUAAAAUUCAUAUAAUAAUUUUAUCAUUUUCAUCAUAAUUUUGAUUAUUAUACGAUCUAGAAAUUAAUAACUUGUUAAAAAAAAAAAUCUAUAAAUAAAUAAAUAAAUGAUUAUCAAGAAAUUAUAAAAAUUAUGAUUAAAAAAAAUUUGUUUAUUGAUUAAUUUGACCAAAUAAAUAUAUUUAAAAAUUAAAA